CACAGAAUAGAACCUAACUUCGUUCCACUCCGAUUGUUUAUGUUCUUGCAUUGCUCCGUGUCGAUGAAAUUUAUAUUUACAUGACAAUUUCACGAAAUAGACGUUCGUUGUUGUACAAAAAAAUCGCAGCUUUGCAGGGAGCUUACUAUUUGAUGUUAUUGUAACGGAUUGUCAAGCUCCUGGUGCAAAUAUGGUGUUAACGAAAGAAUACCGUAUAUGUAUGCCGCUUACCACUGAAGAGUAUCGCAUAGGACAACUCUACAUGAUCGCAAGACACAGCCACGAACAGUCCGAUAACGACGGAGGUGUUGAAGUGAUUGAAAAUGUGGAGUGCGACCACCCCGAGCAUGGGAAGGGCCAGUACACAGAAAAGAGGAUUCAUUUGUCCAGUAAAUUGCCAUAUUGGAUCCAGUCUGUCAUCCCAAGAAUAUUUUACGUAACGGAGAAGGCGUGGAAUUAUUAUCCUUACACCAUUACAGAAUACACAUGUUCCUUCAUUCCCAAGUUUCAAAUAUCAAUUAAAACUCGAUACGAGGACAACAAUGGGUCCACGGAAAAUGUCUUGGGUCUCUCUCCUAUCGAGCUGAUACACCGCGAGGUUGAUUUCGUUGAUAUCGCGUACGAUGAAGUCUCAUCAAAGCAUUAUAAGGAGGAAGAGGAUCCAAAAUUCUUUCAAUCCACAAUUACUGGUCGUGGACCAUUGAUAGAAGGGUGGAGGGAAACCACGCAGCCAAUAAUGUGUUCGUACAAAUUAGUUCAUGCUUCCUUCGAGGUUUGGGGCAUGCAAACUCGAGUGGAAGACUUCAUUCAUAGGUGUAUAAGGGAUAUCCUCUUAUUGGGUCAUCGUCAGGCAUUCGCAUGGAUCGACGAGUGGUACAAGAUGACACUGGAGGACGUUAGGCAGUACGAACAAAAAAUGCAAGCAGAAACAAACGAGAAAGUACGGAUCAGAAACGAGGGUAACGAGAUACCGUCGACUCCUACCACACCCACAGCAUCGAUGCCAUCUUCACCCAAGUCUCCCACGCAAUCAGCUCGAUCGUGGUUCUCCUGGUCGUAGCCGUAAUCCUAAAGAAAUUAGAUCACCGCUAGCCUAUUUAGGGAAGAUAAUUAAAACUGCAAAAUAUCAUCAUGACAUCCUCGACCUUUUGUGUAUAUAUAUAUAUAUAUGUAUAUGUAUAUGUGUAUUCAUGGUAUAGUCAGGUCACUGUAACUAAAACAUCAUUUUUAUUUAAAACUUAAGGGUUCCUCGAGAAUUUCUUAAAUUUUGAAUUAGAUGCUCCACAUCUUCUUCGAGAAUCAUUUAUUUCGCAAGGUCAUGUGUUGAUAAUGUUGAAUAUUUGCAUAGUUUAAUUAAUCCGUGUUGUUAACAUGAAGGUUUCUUUACUUCCAGCAAUUGCUCUUCUAAUUGCUGCGAUAAGGUACUAAUUAUAUUCUCAUCGAACAUGGACAAGCUCAGUUUGUUAAAGCAUUUAUGGAAAAAUUAUGUCACGUAUAGUUCUUAAAUUACGGCGAGUGUUGCGUAACAUUAGCAAGACUUUUAUAGCAUUCGAUGCUUAUUUGUAAGCUCGAAAAGCUUUCGCUGUGAAAUAUCAGAGAAGCGAGGUAUAACACAUCGCAAGACUUGGAUCGUAACGAAGUACUGUGAUUGCACAAUCAUUAAUCUUCUACAAUCUUACAGCAUCAAUUGUGUUCAGUUCAUUUGGUAUUGGAGCUUCUCUCAGUAAUUUAGUCGUAGCGUUUUUUUUAAUUGCGAGGAAAAUUGUAUAUAGAGAAUUAACGAAGGUGAAGAAGUAUCAUUUUUUAUUUCUACAAGCGAUUUCCUUUAAUAAAAUUAUAGUUUUAAGUUGAAUAUACAGAAUGAAAAGCG